AUGGCCGGCGAAAAGAGGCCAGUUUCGCCGCGACGGCGCCGCGAAAAGGAGGCGCCGGCGCCAAGCCCUGGAGCGUUUACGUAUCCGCCCGCCAAGCCCACCAAGGCUUGUCUGCCCUGCCGUACGCGCAAGGUCAAGUGCGAUGCGUAUUUGAUCGGCCUGCCCUGCAGUGGCUGUAUCAGCAGACAAUGCUCCGAAAGCUGCCUAGUGUCGGCACGUAAGCGUCGAAAAAGGUCAGCCCAUUGUUUUCUUCUAUUAUCAGGGCCGAGUUUUGACACCUAUUCCAGAGCCGGGGACACGCCUUCACUUUCCCGAGCCUCGGACGCUAAGCCCGCCGCCGUCGACGGCGCCGACGACCAGCGGCAUGGCUCUUGCCAGGCGCAGCCCAGGUCCAUGUCAGACCUUCUCUAUUGUCAAGAUGACCGCCAGCCGCAGAUGCAGCUACACUACCUCGACAUCUUGAAGGACGCCAUCAGCUGCAAGUCGUACAGCCGCAUCUAUGGCGGCGUCCUGCAGAUGCGCGCCUCGCUCAAGCCGCCCCAGCUCGACGACGUCGACAGAGAGUUCCUCGCCAGGAAGGGCGUCUUUGACCUGCCGCCUCGCCACCACCUCGACGUGCUCCUCAAGACGUACUUUGAACGUGUCUACCCGUACAGCCCCAUAGUCGACCGCGUCGAUUUCCUUUCAAAGUACGCAUCCGGCACCUUCUCGCUGUUCCUGCUGUACGCCAUGCUGGCCACGGCCAGCGUGACGGCCCCGUUCCACGUCAUUUCCGGGUGCGGCUUCAAGGACCGGUCCGCCGCCCAGGCCGCUUUUGCCACCCGGGCAACGCUGCUCCACGACCUGCAGUUCGAGAGCGACCUCCUGCCAAUGCUGCAGGGCUCCGUGAUCCUGGGCGCCGUCAUUGUCGAGCGGCCCACGGACAAGGACUUCCACUACUGGCUCUGGAACGCCUCGCGGCUGGCUGCCAAGAUGGACAUCUACCCAAACGCCACGCGGGACCUCGACGGGACGCCGCCUGCACAGUCCAGGCUCUACAGGAGGAUCUGCUGGAUUCUCUACUGCCGAGAGAACUGCCACAUGAUCGCCAACCCGCGCAGCAACCUGCGGCACCCCAACGGGGACCCGAACAUCAAACCCAUCACGCUGGCCGACUGGGAGACGGAGGAAUCCCCAAAGGAGUUCCAGUCCAUGGUGCAGCCCCUGACAGUCCGGCAAAAGCUUUCCUUCACCGCGCGUUGCGAGCUUGCCAAAAUCAUCGGGCGGCUGGUGAGCCGGUGUCAGCUGCUGGACACGAACACGGACCUCACGGCGGCGGCGGACCCGCGGCAAGGGACAAAGCUCCUCGAUGCGUGGCGCAUGUCGCUGGCGGAGAAGCUCGACUUCCGCGGCGAGUCGCCCGAGGCCGACAUCCACUAUGCUGAGCUGCGCGCGCUGAGCUACCGGUUCGAGGCUACGGCCUGCCGCCAGAUCCGCCGCCGGUGUCUGCACGCGGAUGCCAAGAACGAGGGCCAGGCCGAGUGGGCGCGGCAGCGGCUGCGGUCGGCCAUCUUUGAGCUCGACUCCAUCACCGGCAGGAUGCUCGCCAACGGCACGCUCCAUAUGUUUCCCACGACAUGCAUAACCAUCAUGCCCGCCCUACUCGCGCUACAAAUCGAAGCAGCGCUCGACCCGAGCGAGACGGACGUAGUGCGGUCCAUGUCACGCAUCGCCAUCGGGCAGACGAUGCUGGUCCUGACCCAGCUGCGCGAGAUCCCGGCCAUCAAGCGCGCCAUCCCCGUGUUCGAGGCCGUGCUGGGCAAGAUGAAGCUGUACUCGCCGCCUAACAACAAUAGUACCUCUCUCCCCGCCGCCGUCGCCGCCGCUCCCGGUGCGGUUUCCGGUGCGGUUGUCCCCGCCAUCACGCCCGCCGAGGGCAAACACCUCGCGGGCGUCCUGACGAAUGCUGUGAUUGCUCCGCAGUCGCCGCCGCCGCCGCCACUCCCGCAGCAGAUGGUACAUGGCGGCGUGGCCGGGGGGUUCGGCCUGCCGCCCAUCUUGACGCCGCCCCAGGACGCUGACGUGCCGCCCGCCGUGGGCGACUACGAGCUCUUCCAGCUGAGCACCUCGGACGAGUUCGACGUCGACUGGUGGGAGCCGGGCCAGCUGGACUUUGCGAGUAUUAUGUUUUGA